CACGAUAAUGUGAUGACAGUGUAAGAGAGGUCACACCGGUGUAAACAUUGAGCUGUGGAAUUCAACGUUUACGGCACAUUCACGAUGGAAUUAAAACUAAUCAUCGUUGCAUCUUUGUUGGCAUUUGUAGCUGCUGAGUCAUCUGAUGUGCUCGAAUUGACAGAUGCUGAUUUUGACAGCAAACUUGCCACAAUUGAUACCGCUCUUGUAAUGUUUUAUGCUCCUUGGUGUGGCCACUGCAAAAGACUGAAGCCUGAAUUCGCCCGAGCAUCUUCAGACCUCAAAGACAACGACCCUCCUGUGAUCCUUGUUCAGGUGGAUUGUACUGAGGCUGGCAAAGACACCUGCAGCAGGUUUGGUGUGACAGGCUACCCCACUGUGAAGAUCUUCAAGGGAGGUGAACUCUCUUCUGACUACAAUGGCCCCAGAGAAUACAAUGGAAUUGUCAAGUUCAUGAAGUCUCAAGUUGGGCCUGCAUCAAAGGAAUUGAAGAACUUGGCCGACACUGAAACUUUCUUGGCCAAGAAUGAAGUUGGCGUUGUUUACUUUGGUGAAGGCUCUCUUAAAGCUGUUUUCCUGAAGGCCGCUGACAUGAUGCGCGAGAAAAUUAGGUUUGCUCACGUGUCAGAUGAAGAGACCCUCAAGAAAUAUGACGCCAAGGAUGCCAUCAUACUCUUCAGGCCUAAGGUUAUGAGCAACAAAUUUGAGCCUGACUUCGUCAAAUAUGAAGGCUCUGAGGAUAAAACUGAGAUUAAGAAGUUCAUCAACGAAAAUUACCAUGGCCUGGUCGGUCUGCGCACAACUGAUACAUCAGGGGACUUCAUCGCACCGCUGGUGAUCGCUUACUUCAAUGUCGACUACGUCAAGAACCCCAAGGGCACCAACUACUGGCGCAACAGAGUUCUCAAGGUCGCUCAAAAUUACAAGUCCGACUUCACCUUCGCGGUUGCAAACAACAACGACUUCGCGCACGAGGUUGAAGAGUUCGGCCUGUCCUACGUGUCGGGGGAGAAGCCUGUGGUGUGCGCCUGGGAUGCCCAAGGGCAGAAGUUUGUCAUGAAGGAUGAGUUCAGCCUGGAAAGCUUCGAGAGCUUUUUGAAGCAACUGAAGGCCGGCGAGCUGGAGCCUUUCGUGAAGUCUGAGCCCAUACCUGAGAUCCAAGGCAACGUGAUCGUGGCGGUGGGCAAGAACUUCGAUGAGGUGGUCACCAACAGCGGUAGGGACGCACUGGUGGAAUUCUACGCGCCAUGGUGCGGCCACUGCAAGAAACUCACCCCCAUUUAUGAUGAGCUCGGCGACGCGAUGGCUGGCGAAGAUGUUGACAUCAUCAAAAUGGACGCUACUGCCAAUGAUGUCCCACCAGCGUUCAAUGUCAGAGGUUUCCCGACCUUGUACUGGAAGCCUAAGUCUGGCAAGCCUGUGCCUUACGAGGGAGGGCGAGAACUCGACGACUUUAUCAAGUACAUCGCCCAGCACGCAACUGACGAGCUCAAGGGCUACACGCGCAGCGGCAAAUCCACCAAGGAUGAGCUGUAAUUCUUCACCGCCGUUCUCUGUGUGGUGUACCGAUAGCAUUUUUACUUCAUCCGUACUGUGUUGCCCCUUUUCUGUGGUCGCGUUGUGUUUCAUGUGUGCAGAUGGUGCACGUUUGCCGCGUUACAUUUCCAAGGUUGGCGUGCAGACGGCACAAUGUGCAGCGCAAGCAAAUUAUGUCUGAUAAAACGAAUGUUCCGCGACUGCCAGUGGCCCUGCAGUUCGUUGACUUAUUUAGCAGUUAAGUUCGCGCAAGUGUUUUUUUUUUUUUUUUUUUUUUUGCUUUUCACAAGGCUUCUGUGCGAGUGCGUUCCCAAGCUUUGUGUACUAUUUUUUGAAUCGAUUAAUUAGUCACUGUCCGGCAUUGUUCGUAUGAUUAGUUCGAUCAGUAUUGCUGAGUAAUCAUUCCUGAUGACUGGUUGGUGCUCUUAACUUGUCUUGAAAUUAAUUGCAUUGAUAUGUUUCAUUUUUGUUUGUACAUCACCCAGGCUUUUUAUCAAGCCUAUCGGUGAUAGUGUCGUUAGCUGGUCAAGUGAACAUUAAGUGGAGUUUUGUA